AAUUUUGCAUUUUUUUUUUUUAAUAUCAGUGCGUUCCGAAACUCAUCAGAAAAAGACGACUCAAGUUUUUCGCUCACUCGACCUUUCGAGUUUACAAACGUUGUGCGUAUCUGUUUUGUGUCGCUCGGGAAGUCCGGGAGUCCGGGGAAGAAGUCUUAUCAGACAGAAAAAAUUUGAUUUUCGCACAUUUUAAUCUCGUUCGAUAGUCGGAGUUACUCGGUCCGCGUUUCCUGCUCGUAGCGUGUUCAACAAUUCAGCAAAAUUGUUGUAACUCGUUAAAGUUUCAGCGAUACCACUCGCCGAGGACGUCGGCGUUGGUCAGCGAGUCGAUAAUUUGCUGAUCGCGCGCGCCCCGUCGAUGCCAGGCGACAAUCUGAUUCCGCGAGGAUGAACGUCGAGGAGAAGAGGCUCAGGACGUUCCGCGAGUGGCCGGCGAACGCCGCGAUCGAUCCGGCGCGACUCGCGAAAGCGGGAUUCUACUACACCGGGCACAUCCUGGAGGUGCAGUGUUUCCUGUGCGGCACGAGGAUAUCCGAUUGGAACUACGGUGACCAAGCUAUGGUACGUCAUCGACUGAAGUCGCCCAACUGCCCCUUCGUCCUCGCCCCAACCAGCACCUGCAACGUCCCGUUGAUACUGGGGACAGCCGACAAUGACAACAAUGCCGCUGGGGAAUCGACGGCGCAUCGCCAAUCGCCGCCGGAUCCGCAACGUUCCAGCGGUGUCGAGGACGACCCGGACGUACCGCAGAGCCUGACGGAUCCCUCGAGGGAGUACGGCACCUUUGCACAAAGGCUACAGUCGUUUAAAACUUGGCCGAUUACCAGUAUUGUCCAUCCGGAGCAGCUGGCCUUGGCAGGAUUUUACUAUCUUCAAAGCAAAGAUGUGGUGGAAUGCGCAUUUUGCAGAGGGAUUCUAAUGAAUUGGAAACCUGGUGACGAUCCGGAUUGCGCGCACAGAAUGAGUUUUCCAAAUUGCGAUUUCUAUAUGAAACGGGACACAGGAGAUGAUCUAUUAGGACUGGUCAGAGUCAUGCCUGAGGCUAUAACGAACAUGAAAGAAUUAGGAAUACAGAAACAUAAGGCACCCCAAAGGCCAGAAUAUGCAACAUAUGAAAAAAGAUUGCAGACCUUCAGGGGAUGGUCGAAAAAUCUUAACCAAACCCCCGAGAUGUUAGCUGAGGCUGGGUUCUAUUACAGCGGAUAUGAAGACCAAGUUAGGUGUUUCCAUUGCGACGGAGGACUACGAAAUUGGCAACCAACGGAUGAUGUGUGGGUUGAACACGCACGGUGGUUUUCACAUUGUGUCUUUGUAAAUCUUGUGCGUGGACAUGAAUUUGUCAGAUAUUGCAUUAAUAAUAGAACUCCUUUGGAUUUUUCGAUUUUUACUGACGUAUCGGAAGAAGAUAAUCCUAUAGAAUCUUCAGUUGAAUCUUUUUCCUCGACUUCACAAUCUGGCGAAACAGAUAUGGUAGCAUCUGUGGCUGAUGUCGUAGAAGAAACUUUAGUUGCAUCUUUUCCCACGGUUUCACAACUUAGAGAACUAGAUACAACAGUAGGUACUACAGAAGCACCUUUUUCGACAGUUUUACAACCCAGCGUAUCGAUAACAAAUGCAGCGGUUGAAAAGCUCUUAGAAACAGCUCCAGCCAAGGCUGCUCUUGAAAUUGGGUUGCACGUAGGCAGAGUAAAGAGAGCUCUAAAGAAAAGAAUGGAGAGAAUUGGCAAACCGUAUACAGAUGUUGUACAACUCAUACAAGAUGUUCUACACGAUCAAGUUAUGGAAGAGGAUAAUAGGCUCGACAACAGUACUUCUAACUCACCAACCUCGGAAUUGAACAACUUAUUUAAUCAAGUCACUAUGCAAAUGACUAAUAAUUCCGCCAAUAAAAAUAGUACACAGGAAUCUGACGCAUUCGAAAGCGACCCCGGAAAGAGAACGGAUAAUGAAUCAGAUGAUCUUAUAUCUUUGCGAGAGGAAAACAGAAAAUUGAAGGAGGCUCGUUUAUGCAAAGUUUGUAUGGAUCACGAACUAGCCGUAGUAUUUUUACCUUGUGGACACUUAGCAACGUGCAACAACUGCGCACCGGCCCUUGCGAGCUGUCCGUUAUGUAGACUGGGGAUUCGUGCUUACGUCCGUAUUUUCUUGUCCUAAAUUAGAUUAUACACAUAAGCGCCAAACCAAGCGCGAUUCAUGGUUCGAGAUUUAUAGUUCGCUAUGCGUGUGAGAUUUGCAUGGGAACAGCGGAACAGUUUUCGAUGACAUCAAAAGACACGAAUCAUCAUGAGUCAGACAGUUCGUGGUGAUGCGCGAUUUGUUUAUGUAUGGAGUUGCACAAUACGCACAGUACACCACGAAUCCAUUAUCAGUCGCAAAUAAUGAAUGGCAAAUCAUGAAUCAUGAGUCGCGCAUAAUCCAGCGCUACCUUAAGCUAGGCCUCUGAAAAUGUGACGAAAAUUGGGUGAGAACCACUAAAAAAUCUCGAAUUCGAGCCGUUUUUUCAUUCAACUUAUUUAUUUUAUGUAUUUUACAUACAAAUAUCUUUUAAUUAUCAAUUUUUUUUUUAUGAGCAAAGGUAGAACUAAACUGCUAAACUGCUCAGUUUAUAACGAUCCAUUACAAAGUGCUCUUCUUAUAGCGACUCUUUUUCUUGUAUUAAUUUUUUUAUUUUGAAAAUGACAAUAACACUUAACAAUGCAUAUUACGCGACAAGAUAUUUCAUUGGAUAUAUCGUGACUAUAAAAGUGGAAAAGUAUUAAAAAAAAAAAAAAGCUUGAACAAACCAAUAAUAGUUGCAAUUGAUUACAUAGGCUUGACACUAUCGACCUAUAAUAAUUGUUAUCCGUGUUAUCGACAGUUUUUACAGAUUUACAGAUAAGUGCUAUCACUAUCGUUGUUAACUUCGCAGAAUAUUACUCUAAUAUUGUAUUAAGAUCGUUGGCUCGAAGAUAUAACUGCUAUAUUGUUUGCAUUAAUAUCUUCGUACGUUAGAUACAUCACAAUCGAAAGAUAUAAUCCAGUCGAUACAAAGUGCCAGUUGACGAUAUCGUUUAUUUAAGUAGAGCUAUAUUGAUGAUAUACGAGUCGAAGUCUUUCGACGAGACGAAGCUAUUGUAAUUUAAAUGAUGUUGCUUAAAACAUAUUUAUCAGGACACGUACAAAAGAGACACAAUCUCGCUUAAAUGCUGAUAGUCCCCACAUCGUCGCGUCGCGAUAAAGUAUGUGGUCUGAUAAUAUAUAUCGCAGAUAAAAUGGCCAAAGCUAUAUAGAAAUCAGUGCUGUUGCGUUUGUCGAGGGUGAGUACAAGCAACAUAAAGUGAUCGAAACGACAGACGAUUGUCGAUUCGAUCAUUUUAGAAACAAACAAAUCAGAAGUAAUAUACAUAGAUAUAUCCAUACUAAUUGCUAGUCUUAGCACUGUAAGCUUGAGAGGGCGAACUCGGCCAGGAUCGUACCAAAGAAAUGAAUGAAGAAUCAAGUACCUUCGUAUUCGUACAAUUUCAUUUAGAACGCAGGUGCAAGAUAGUCGAUAGAGAUUUAAUAUAAAUGUGAUAUCGCCAGUGUCUACGAAAUGAAAACGUAUAAUAAUUAGCUGUAGAUAGGCGAACUGUUAUGUAGGAUAUCGAAGAAAAUAUUUUAUGUACAGUUUUACGAUCGCGUGUAGCAUUGCAGUCAUAGAAAUCCGUCGCGUAGUCGAUGUCACAUGUCGUGUACACACUUUUUAAAAUAAUAAGAGAAUUUCUACA